AUGUAUUGUGACUUUAUGGCUGACUAUUUGGAGCUUGGUCAUAUGGAACGAAUACCCGACAAUGAGAUCGAGAUGCCAUCGGAUCAAAGGUUUUACUACCCACACCAUGCAGUUCUGCGAAGUGAAAGUCUAACAACCAAGCUGCGCGUUGUUUUUGACGGCUCAAGUAAAACGGAAACUGGUGUAUCGUUGAAUGACCGUUUGUUGGUGGGUCCAAAAAUUACCGAAGAUGUCCCGGUGGUUUUUUCCCGCUUCAGAACCUACGUCGUCGCAUUCACAGCUGAUGCAGAAAAAAUGUACCGACAGGUAAAGGUGCGCAAGGAAGAUGCCGACUAUCAGCGCAUUGUGUGGUCACCGGAGCCCGGACAACCGCUCGAGCACUACAGGCUCCUAACUGUCACGUACGGCAGCUCGUGCGCUCCAUACUUGGCGGUGGAAUCCCUCCGACAGGCAGGUCGGGAUAGUCAGGCGCAGUUCCCGGAUGCAGCAGAUCGUAUAUCGAAGAACUUUUAUGUGGAUGACCUACUAUCGGGUGCCAAUUCACUUGAAGAAGCAGUCAAGCUCAGGAACGAGAUUAUCCAGGUAACAUCAGCGGCCGGGUUCACUCUACGGAAAUGGUCAUCGAACGAUCCUCGCCUAUUCAACGAGAGUGCAGAAGCAGACGCAGCAGUCCCGCUUCAUUUGACACCCGAAGCUGACGCUGUCAAGGCGUUGGGUAUACAGUGGUACCCCGAGACCGACACUUUUGGAUACCAAUUGAAAAUGGACCUCGAUAAGCGGAACACGAAACGUCAAAUGUUGUCAGAUACAGCUCGACUCUUCGACCCGUUGGGCUGGCUGGCACCAGUCAUCGUUCGCAUUAAAAUCCUCUAUCAAUCGUUGUGGUUACAAGAUUUGUUGUGGGAUGACCCACUACCGGCGGCGGUAGAAAUCGAAUGGAACAACAUCAAGGCAGAUCUGCAAUCAAUCGAAAAGAUUCGUAUACCGAGAUGGAUUCCCAACCAUGGAGGAAAAGUACAGCUUCUAGGAUUCGCUGACGCCUCGGAGGCUGCAUACGCUGCAGUCGUAUACGCUCGAUCAACUGAUCAAAAUGGCAAGGUUUUCGUUUCCCUGGUGGCAAGUAAAACAAAAGUUGCACCUAUCCAACAAGUGUCACUUCCACGGUUGGAACUCAACGCGGCGGUGCUGCUCACUGACCUCAUGAAGUUACUUCUUCAGUCUUUGUCGCAUUUGGAGGUAACAUGUUUUGCUUGGACUGAUUCGGAGAUCGUUCUUGGAUGGCUAUCGUCACAUCCGAGAAAAUGGAAAACGUACGUUGCCAAUCGGACUUCCACGAUUUUGGAGUUCCUCCCCCGAAGCUCCUGGAACCACAUUGCAUCGGGCGACAACCCAGCCGACUGUGCAUCACGAGGUUUGUACCCGAAGGAUUUGGUGGAAUUCAACUUAUGGUGGAAAGGUCCAACGUGGUUAUACCAAGCUGACGAAACUUGGGAGCAUCAGUCUGUAGCAGAGCCUCCGGAAACGGUUCUUAUAAAAUUCAGCUGGCAGUCCCGAAAGGCCACUAUACGGGGGCCUCGGUCACACUCACCUGCCGGGGAAGAAGGGCCAAUAUAA